UAUCUAAAUUGCGGCCGUCGCCGAAUUAGGGUUUAUGAGGUAUAAAUCAUCUCUGAAAAGUCUGGCUCCCUCCGCUUGCAUAGCUACAUCCCGCGAGUUGCUUUCGACGUCGGAGCUCCGCCACAUUUCCCUGCCGUUUUUUCACUGCAAGUUUCAAGAUGUACACUGCACUACAAAAGAUUCACAAGGACAAGAAUGCUGAUCCCACUGAGUUUGAAGAGAAUGUUGCCCAGGCUUUAUUUGACUUGGAAAAUUCCAACCAAGAGAUAAAGGGUGACCUGAAAGACCUUUACAUCAACUCUGCCUUGCAAAUUGAUGUUCCUGGAAGUAAGAAGGCUGUUGUGAUCCAUGUCCCCUACCGAUUGAGGAAAUCUUUCCGCAAGAUCCAUCCUAGACUGGUGAGAGAGCUGGAAAAGAAGUUCAGUGGGAAGGAAGUUGUUCUAAUUGCUACCAGGCGGAUGCUGCACCCGCCAAAGAAGGGUUCUUCUGUUCAAAGGCCUCGAUCCCGCACACUUACUGCCGUGCAUGAAGCUAUGCUUGAGGAUAUUGUUUACCCAGCUGAAAUUGUUGGGAAACGUGUUAGAUACAGACAUGAUGGAUCAAAGAUCAUGAAGGUUUUCUUGGAUCCAAAAGCCAAAAACGACACUGAGAAUAAGCUGGAAGCAUUUUCCGGUGUCUACAGGAAACUUUCAGGUAGAGAUGUUGUGUUCGACUACCCUGUCACAGAGCCAUGAAGUUGAGGCAGCUAGCGAUUUGCUCUUAUUACUUAAUUUAAUUUAAGCUGUAGUUAGUUGUUAGUUCUUGAUAUGUUUAAGAUUUUGACACCUAGAAAACUCUUUCCGUCUUAAAUCACAAUGUUUCUGUGCCAAAAGUGAUGAAUGCAAGGCCUCUUGUUACAAUGCCUAUUGUGUUCUUUUAUCGAUAUUCAAGGUUGCCUUA